AUGUCUGAUUUGCCAACUCUCGUCUUAGUACCUGGAUCAUGGCAUCAGCCAGUAUGCUACGACAAGAUUGUGAAACUCCUCCAAGAACAGCACAAGCUGAGAUGCGCCACCGUGACUCUCCCUUCAACGCUAGAUAACCCAUCUGCCACAUUCAAAGACGACCUAGAUGCUGCACAAAAGGUCAUAUCCAAUGAAAUAAGUCAAGGUCGUAAUGUCGUUGUCGUGGCUCACUCCUACGGCGGCAUGGUAGGCAAUAGUGCUGUCAAGGGCUUCACCCGACCGAAACCCGGAGAUCUCACAACUACUCAAGAUCAGUCCCAGUCUCAAUCAACAGGCUAUGUGAUCGGCAUCAUUCUCAUAGCCUCCGGCUUUACAUUGACCGGUCUAGCCUUCAUGGAUCCAUUCCUCGGCCACCCACCACCAGCAUGGGUUGUUAAUAAAGAAACCGGUUAUGCGGAUAUUGUCGUCUCUCCUCGCGAGUUCUUCUAUCAUGAUGUACCUGACGAUGAAGCGGAGUUCUGGGUCUCAAAGCUUACCACGCAAAGUCUUAAGGCUUUGUUCGAGGGCGCGGAAUAUACCUAUGCUGGAUGGCAGGAUGUACCGGCUUGGUAUAUUGGUACCGUUGAGGAUCGAGGAUUACCUGUUCUGGCGCAGCGGAUGAACGUCGGCAUGGCGAGGGAGAUGGGAGGUAAAGUUCAGCAUAGAGAGUUGCAGACGAGCCAUUCUCCGUUUUUGAGUCAGCCUGAGGCGACGGUUAAGAUUAUGGUGGAGGCUGUUGAGUCUUUCACGGGGAUGUCUGUGGCGACUCAGAGUAGUGAAGAUGCGGAGCCGUCGAGGGCAUUGAUUACUGUUCCGGGGGCUAGGGUUUUGCAACCCUUUUCUUGGUUGAAAUUUGGGUUACCUCUUGCUUUUGGUCAUCUUUUAGGAAGGGGAAUUGUCAUUUUUGGUUGGGGGCGGAGAGCUUGGAGAUCUAUUUUCAGUUCGCGCUGA